ACAUGAUACGAACCAUGUGACGUAUGAGCCAUCGUCUCGGAGCUUGCAUUCGGGCUGUCAUAAAUACUGGCUGGCGUACGAUGUUCGAUUCACGCAGCGUUCAGCAACCGCCAUGUCGAAACAUAUGGAUGACACUAAACGUCAAGAUGUCGAAAAGGCCACGGGGAGAGGCCAUUCGGCGCAUUAUUCGCACGCGACCGGGCUAGCUGUCGUCGAACAGUCCCAAAUCAUCCCCAUGACCGGCGAACGCAAGGUGACGAAGCGUUCGGAGAUUGUGUCGUACUGCUUGUUCUACAUAGCAAUUACAGGUCUAGGACCGUUCAAUUAUAUGCCGGCACAACUUCAGAAUCUGCUCACUCAAGCAUUCCCCAGUGGCUUCGUUGAAUGGGGUGGCCAGCAGAAAUCGAUCAGUGCGCUCAUUCUGGACUUGAAUGGUAUUCAAUUUGCGGUACAGUUAGUUUUGCUCCUGGUGAUCGGUCCAUACGCCGAUUACGGCACCUGGCGACCGUACAUCUUGAUCGUUUUCACCAUUGUCUCCUGGGGCGUUGGAUUCGGCUGGCUGGGGCUGGAGACGCCUGACAAAUGGCAAGUUGCCGCUGGACUAUAUGUCGUCGCGACCGUCUGUUUCAAUCUCGCAAACACCUUCUACUUCUCUGCAUUCCCUGGCCUUGUCCGAGAUUUACCGAAGAUGAUUGAGUCAGAACAAGAGGUCCGGGCUGGCACUAAAUCAGCUGAACAGCAUGCCGAGCUGGACAUGAGGGAACGAUCAAAGCUCUCCAACUACUCCCUCGCUACGUCGGCUUUUGGAUCCUGCGCCAUCCUCGUGCUCGGCUUGGCAAUCUGCUUUGGUAUAGGCACCGACACCUUGGCCCAGAACACCAAAGUCUACUCCGUGCUCAUCGGUUACUUCACAGCGGUCUGGGUAGUCUUCUCUAUGCCUUGGUUCCUGACUGAACAAUACCGACCCGGUCAGCGCAUCCCAAAGGGUACCAACUAUCUCCUGGUCGGGCCUCGACAAUUGUGGCAGGCGGUCAAAAGUGUGUGGCAGUUGAAAUGGACCUUCCUAUACCUGCUGUCAUUUUUCCUCCUCAACGACGUCUACAAUGUCAGUGGAACAGCCGUGAACCUGCUCCAGAACGAUGCGAUCUCAUUCAAUACCAAACAAUUUACGUACCUAUUCAUUCUCGCUUUCGGCGCUCAGGGGAUAGGAGCAUAUGGUGUAGCUGUGGCACAAAGGUUCCUUGGCUUCUCCGCGAAGACUGGCUGCAUUUUUGGUGCGUCAUGCUUGACGUUCACCUGCCUUUGGGGCUUCAUCGGGAUCUUUACCAACAAAAUCGGAUAUCAUCACGUGUGGGAGUUCUACUUCUACCAGGCUUUUCAAGGCGUUGGUGUCGCAUCGUGGAACACCUACCAAAAUACGGUCAUCUCAGAGGUGGUCCCAGCCCCCAAGAUGUAUCUGUUUUUCGCCCUUUUCUACAUCGUCGGAAAAACAAGCGCCUUCAUCGGCCCCUUCAUCGCCUCUGCUAUCAUCGAUGAUGCCCACGGCAAUACCUCCGCGGCUUUCUGGUUCCUCUUUUUCUCAGGACUCGCUGGUGUGGGCCUUCUCGCGCUUGUAAACAUCGAGAAGGCAAAGAUUGCGUGCGCCAAAUACCUGCUCUUUCGACAACAUACCAUGAACGUCCAGUAUCACCCUGCGGAGUUUGAGGAUCCUCAGCCUGGUAGAGGAUCCAUCCCACCGCGCUCAUGGAAUGUCUAUUCGGAUAGUUCAAAGCUCUCUCUGAACGGCGAUUGGCGAUUCCGGUACUCCCCCACCGCCUAUCUCGACGAUGACUUUGCACGCAUCAAGACGUUUGACGACAGCAAGUGGGACAUGCUUACAGUCCCGUCGCACUGGGUCCUACAUGGUUAUGGCCACCCUGAAUAUCAAAAUGUCAACUUUCCUUUCCCAGUUGACGCACCAUUCUGUCCAAGCGAGAAUCCGACUGGAGAUUACCGACGAUCGUUUGAUCUUCCGGACGGGUGGUCAUUGAAGAACGGGCAGACCCUUCUGCGCUACGACGGAAUCGAGUCGUGGUCCAAAACUUGGGUCAAUGGCAAGGAGAUCGGUACCACCAUGGGAAGCCGACUUCCGAACGAGUUUGACAUCACCAAGUAUCUCAAGUCGAAGGACAACGUGAUCGCUGUGCGCGUCCAUAAAUGGUCGGCAGGAUCCUACUGCGAGGACCAGGACGAAUGGUGGCUUCCUGGAAUCUUUCGCGACGUAACCCUUUUGCACCGACCCAACGGUUGUGUCUCGGACUACUUUGUUCACGCCUCGUACGAUCACCACACCGGCAAGGGCACUUUGAAGGUCGACUGCUCGCCCGAGGGUCGCAUCACUGUCCCUGAGCUGGAUAUAGACUGUGCAACAGGACAGUCCACGACCGUUAGCGUGAUUCCAUGGAAUGCUGAAGCACCAAAACUCUAUUCUGCAACGCUAAAGACCAAAGGGGAGACCGUACCCCUGAAGAUUGGCUUUCGCACUGUGCAUAUUGAGGACGGCGUCAUCAAGUUGAACGGUGUGCGUCUUCUGCUCAAGGGAGUCAACAGGCAUGAGUUCCAACCUGACAAAGGGAGGGCCAUGGAUGCGGAACACAUGCUCAAAGACGUCCUGCUCAUGAAGCAGCACAACGUCAAUGCAGUGCGAACCAGUCAUUAUCCGCCUCAUCCUCAUUUCCUCGAACUGUGCGACGAGUACGGUCUGAUGGUCGUGGACGAGUGCGAUCUAGAGACGCAUGGCUUUGGCGAAAACGGUUGGAGACACAAUCCGACUGAUUCGGAUCUCUGGCGGGAUGCAUUGGUCAAUCGUGUUCAGCGUAUGGUUGAGCGUGACAAGAAUCACCCCAGUAUCAUCAUCUGGUCGAUGGGUAACGAAGCUGCCGAGGGUAGGAACAUCGGAGACAUGGCCGACUGGGUCAGAAGCCGCGACCCUAGCCGACCGAUUCACUACGAGGGAGACAGGACAUCAAAAUACACAGACAUGUACAGUCGGAUGUACGCCUCGCACCACGAAGUCGACCUCAUCGGUCAACGUGCCGAGGAUCCCUUGGAGGACAAAUCACUCGAUGCAAAACGACGUGCCAUGCCGUUCGUCCUGUGCGAGUAUGGUCACGCCAUGGGCAACGGACCUGGCGGUCUCGUCGAGUAUCAAGAUCUGUUCGAGAAAUACUCUCGAUGUCAAGGCGGUUUCAUCUGGGAAUGGAUCGACCACGGGAUUCCAAAGAAGACUGCAAACGGCGAGUCAUACUAUGCCUAUGGCGGUGACUUUGGCGAGGAGGUCCACGAUGGCAACUUUUGCAUUGAUGGGCUAGUCUUCCCCAAUCGAGACCCAAGUCCGGGCUUGGAGCAAUUCAAGCAUGUCAUCGCUCCGGUCAGAAUCCGACAGGUCGAUGGAGGUGUGGCGAUCACCAAUCUACAGAGCUUUGCCGACUUGUCGAGCUUCAGUUUCGAUUGGACGAAGGAGAUUGAGGGCAAGGCAGUCGACAAGGGGUCCCUUGAAGUCCCAUCGACGGCUCCUGGAAAGACUAAAGUGAUUAAGCUACCCGAGUGCUCGUCGCAUCAGGCUGAAUCGUGGUUCACUGUGACCGCAACAUUGGCGGCGGAUUCGCCAUGGGCCAAAAAAGGCCACGUUGUUGCGUUCGGCCAGGCUCAAUGCGCCAAAGCCACCCAGCUCUCCAUUGGCAAUCUUGUCAAGCCCUCCGUGUCGAAGAAUACGAUCACCCUCGGCCCUGCGUCCUUCAAUGCAGCAACCGGACAGUUGGUGGAGCUCAAGGGUAUCCCCAUUGACAGUGCCAAGCUGGACAUCUGGCGAGCAACCACCGACAAUGACAACGGAGGCGACGUUGAUGGUGUAGGAGCGACCUGGUUGAGGGUCGGACUCGACCGUGUCCACCACCGAGUCGACAGUGUCGUCAUCAAAGACAGGUCGCUCACUGUGACCACAUUUGUGGCGCCUGCCAUCUACAUGCGAGGUCUAGUGACCACUUACACGUGGACAGCUGACAAGUCUGGCGCUGUAAGAGUGGAUAUCCGCGUCGAACCAAAGGACGACUGGGAAGGUAUCUAUCUGCCCCGAGUUGGCCUUCGACUCGGACUUCCCAAGACGAUGAAAAGCGUCAAAUGGUUCGGACUUGGACCUGGCGAAGCGUACCCGGACACUCGCGAGGCUGUCCGAGUCAGCGAAUGGUCUUCGACGAUCGACAAUCUCCAAACGCCUUACGUCUUCCCUCAGGAAAACGGCAAUCGAGCGGAUGUGAGAUGGCUGGAAGUUGAAGGGGAGAGCGCGCGUCUCAAAGUCCAUGGGGACCCAUUAUUCAACUUUACCGCCAGGCGUUGGGAUUCCAACCAGCUUCAAGCCGCCAAGCACACGCCGGAUCUAAAGCCUGGGGAUCGCGUCUGGCUAAAUCUCGAUCAUGCAGUCCACGGUAUCGGCACCAACUCGUGCGGACCAGGCGUUCUCCCUCAGCACCGAUUAAGCGCUCAAAAAAUGAACUUUAGCUUUACGUUCCAGUAG